AUGUAUGCCACCAUUAUUGUGUGAAUUCUGAAUCUUGUACCAUUGCCGAUGAUGGAAGUGUAGAAUGUGUCUGUCCUGUACAAUAUGAGGGUCCAAAAUGUGAAGUAGACAAGUGUGUAAGAUGCCGUGGUGGGCACUGCAUAAUAAACAAGGACAGUGAUGACAUAAUAUGCAACUGCACUAAUGGAAAGAUUGCUUCUAGCUGUCAAUUAUGUGAUGGCUACUGUUAUAAUGGUGGUGCAUGUCAGCUGGACCCAGAGACAAAUAUACCAGUCUGUCUAUGCUCUGUGGGGUUUAAAAGUCAGCGCUGUGACCAGAAAGUGAACCCUUGUGAUUACUACUGUCAGAAUGAGGGAAUUUGCUCUUUAACUGCGUUUAAUGAACCGAGAUGCAAAUGUUCAGCCAACUGGUCAGGCACACAGUGCGAGAGGCCAGCUCCCAAGAGCAGCAAGUCUGACAAUAUCAGUACAAGAAGCAUUGCAAUCAUUGUUCCUCUUGUUCUCUUGGUGACUUUGAUCACUACUCUGGUAAUUGGUCUACUUCUCUGUAAAAGAAAACGAAGGACAAAAACUAUCCGAAGACAACCAAUGAUAAAUGGAGGAAUCAAUGUAGAAAUUGGUAAUCCAUCAUACAAUAUGUAUGAGCUGGGCCAUGAUCACAAUGAAGGGGGAUUUUUAGAUCCAGAUUUCACAAUAAAUCCAGAAAAGGCUAGAUAUAUAAGGGGAGGGUCCACUGCAUUCAAGCUUCCCCACACAGCAUCGCCAAUCUACCUAAACUCUGAUUUGAAAGGACCACUAACUGCAGGGCCAACGAAUUACUCCAAUCCAGUGUAUGCAAAGUUAUAUAUGGAUGGGCAAAACUGUCGAAACUCAUUAGCAAGUGUUGAUGAAAGAAAAGAACUCCUUCCAAAGAAAACAGAUAUUGGGAUAAGGGAGACUGUGGCAUAAUCUUCUGUUACCUUUUAUACUCUGUAUAAAUGUAUAAAGUAUAAGGAUUACUUUUCUAUGUACCCAACAGUAUUAUAAUUGUUUUGGCAUCAGCUUUUACCUCUGUUUUUUUGUUUGGUUGAUUGUUUUCUGGGUUUUUCUUUUGCUGAUGACUUUUGACUGACCAUUUGUAACAUAUUUUUAUGAAAAAGAAACUGCACUACAGUACAAUUUACAACAAUGCUGCUGAUACACCUUUGAAUUUGUUAAAAUUAAAAACAACAUUUGUUUGUAGUGUGAAUACGAGCAAUCUAUUUUGUAUGAACUUUUUUGGUUCUACUUAAUCAAUGAAGAUGAUAUCUGCACCUUUUGAUUAUAUAGUCUGAAAACUGUAGUACAGUGUGUAAAUUUGUUUGUUUUAAAUGGUGGAAGAAUGAUUGAAUGGUCUACUCUCUUUGUGCCCAUUAGAAUUUCACUCCAGAUCCUGUUAAAAAUAGAUCACUUUUCUUCACAAAUCAAACAUAACUUGCUUUUAAAUUUAGUGUUAGGUUGCCAAGAAGUAAACAAGACUACGGAAUCAAAACAUCUAGUGAUCUGCAUGAACACAAAUGAGUGUUUCAGAAAUUCAGUGAUUGUACAUGAUAUACUAAACAUAUAUACCAUGUAAACAACCUUGUAUUUAGUAAAACCUUAUAGACCAUGGAAAUACAUCUUGAAAGUUGAAAGACCUUACUUGCUGUGGGAGAAGGCCUAUGAAUUCCAGCAGUCCUGUAGUACAGUAGCCACCCUAGAGCACAAGAGGGCAUUGCCUACACAUGUAUUAUAUGUUUAUUCACUCAAUCACAUGCAAUAUUUGUGGAUGAUCAAUCCCUUAUCACACACCAAGCAGUAGAACAAAAAUAAAAUGUAAGCACACUCAUUGAUAACAGUAUUCUGAUUUACCCAGUAAGAAAAAAAAUCAUCCUUGCCCAGAUACAUUAAAUUCAAAAAUAGCAGUUUAUACUAAUGAUGAUAGUCUAUGAUACCGCUGAUCGAUAUUAUAUAUUACUGAAACGUAUUUCAGACCAAUUGUGAAUUAAUUUUAAUAUUUUUGGGUAAAAUGUCAAAACCCCAUUAUCAAAAGUGGAGAGUAUCAAUGUAAUUGGUUUCCAGUACUUUCUCUGGUACUGGUUUAUUUUAUGUAGUUGUGAAGAAUAAAAACAAAAAAAAAAUUCCACUUGCCUUUUUGAAUUUUGACAGAAAUAAGUAGUACGAUUUCUUUAAGUUGUAAAAAGAACUGAAAUAUUUUAUACAUAACUUUAAAGGCACAAUAUACUGAUGUACACACGUACUGUGGAGGGCUUUUUGUUCCUCUGCUAAACAUGAUUGACUUUUACCUGUCAUAAUAUAUUAACCUAACAGAUUAAAUAUGUUUGUGGUUGCUCUUUAUUCCCUUUGUACAAGUAUUACAAAAAAACCCUGCUGUUUUAUAAAAGAUUUUUGUUGUACUAUGUGCAUGCAUACUACCUAUUUCUAAACUUUGCCAUAUUGAGGCCUUUAUAAACUCUUGAUUUAUGUAAUAUUAGUGCAGAUUUGCUUGAAACGAUGUUAUGCAUAUCAUAAACUUUUUCAGGUUCUUGUUUAAGUACAUUUUUUAAAUUGAACAGUAUUUUUCAUUUUGGUUAUAAUAGUCAUUU